CGGAGUGGGUGUCAGCCUAGGCCUCGGAAGGCCCCGCCUCCUGGCCCUCCUCCGUCCCGCCCUCUCCUUCCCUUCGUCCGGCUGUCAAUCAAGCAGGCGGCGGCGGGCGGAGAGAGGGCGAGCGACGCCACAGCCCAGCGGCGGCCAUUCGUGGGAAAGAAAAUAGGCCGACCCCGCUCCUCCUCCUCCUCCUCCUCCUCCUUCCCAGCUCCGGCCUUCUCCCCGCCGCUUCUCCAGCAGCACCCCGCCCUCCGUCCCUCCCCUCGCCGGGCUUCUCCUCCUCCUCCUCCAGGCCGCGCCUCGGCAAGAGCGUUGAUGCAGGAUGAGCGAUCCCAAGGAGGACGCGAUGCCCUCGGAGGGAGAGAAGUCUCCUGAGGCUGAAAACAACAACAACAACAAGAAAAGCAAAAGUGGAGCCUCUCAGGAUUCCCAGCCUUCUCCUCUUGCAUUGCUGGCAGCAACAUGCAGCAAAAUAGGGACUCCUGGCGAGAAUCAAGCAACUGGACAACAAAUUAUAAUAGAUCCAAGUCAAGCUUUGGUUCAACUUCAGAAUCAACCACAACAGUUAGAAUUAGUAACAACUCAGCUUGCCGGAAAUGCUUGGCAGCUUGUUGCAGCUGCCCCUCCUCCUGCAUCAAAAGACAACAAUAUCCAGCAAACAACUUCUGUCACUUCGACUGCGGCAAGUCCCUCCAAUAGCAACAAUGGAAAUGCAUCCCCUACAAAAACAAAAACAAACAAUUCUUCUGGAGUAAUUCCAGGACAGUUCCAAGUCAUACAAGUACAAAAUCCAAGCGGUAGUGUUCAGUACCAAGUGAUUCCGCAGAUUCAGACAGAAGGUCAACAAAUUCAGCUAAAUCCUGCUAAUGCCACAGCUCUGCAAGACUUACAAGGUCAAAUUCAGCUCAUCCCUGCAGGGAAUAAUCAAGCUAUUCUUGCAACUACAAAUAGGACAGGUUCUGGCAAUAUUAUUGCCCAAAACUUGGCAAAUCAGACAGUGCCAGUCCAAAUCAGGCCUGGUGUUUCUAUUCCAUUGCAGCUACCUAUUGCUGGUACUCAGGCCCAAGUUGUAACAUCACUGCCAAUAAACAUUGGGGGAGUGACUCUAGCAUUACCUGUAAUCAAUGUUGCGGCUGGCAGCAGUUCCGGACAGGUUAUCCAGUCCACUGAUAGUGGAAUUUCCAAUGGGAAUCAGCUACUAUCAACGCCGGUCACAACAGCUUCUGUUAGCACUAUGCCAGAUUCACCCACCUCCUCUUCUAUCUGUACAACCACUGCCUCCACCUCAUUAACCAGCAGUGAAACCUUAGUAAGCACUGCAGAGACAGGCCAGUAUGCAAGCACAGCAAACAGUUCUGAGCCUAAUACUGAAGAACCUCAAACAACCACAUCAGAAACAGAUAAUCAGAACUCUACUCAACUUCAGUCCAAUGGAUUGCAAAACGUUCAGGAUCAGUCAAAUUCAUUACAGCAGGUGCAAAUAGUAGGUCAGCCUAUUCUGCAGCAGAUACAGCUCCAACAGCCACAGCAACAGAUUAUUCAGGCUAUUUCGCCACAGUCUUUUCAGCUUCAAUCAGGGCAAACUAUUCAGACCAUUCAGCAGCAGUCUUUACAAAACAUUCAGCUCCAAGCAAUGAGUCCAACCCAAGUGCUCAUAAGAGCACCAACUUUAACCCCAUCAGGACAGAUCAGCUGGCAGACAGUACAGGUCCAAAAUCUUCAAAGCCUUUCAAAUCUCCAGGUUCAAAAUACUGGGUUACCCCAGCAGUUAACCAUUACUCCUGUAUCAUCAAGUGGUGGUACUAUUGCUCAGAUUGCACCAGUAACUGUUGCUGGUACUCCAAUAACAUUAAAUGCUGCACAGCUUGCUUCAGUGCCUAAUCUUCAGACAGUGAGUGUAGCCAAUUUGGGUGCUGCUGGUGUUCAAGUACAAGGUGUUCCUGUCACCAUUAAUGUUGCAGGUCAGCAACAAGGACAGGAUGGAGGCGUGAAAGUACAACAAGCCACAAUAGCUCCUGUAACUGUAGCUGUAGGAGGCAUUGCGAAUGCCACAAUUGGUGCAGUUAGUCCUGACCAGAUAGCUCAGGUUCAGUUGCAGCAAGCCCAGCAAGCGUCUGAUCAAGAUGUGCAGCCUGGAAAAAGGUUAAAAAGAGUUGCUUGCUCAUGCCCUAAUUGCAGAGAAGGAGAAGGAAGAAGCGGUAAUGAACCAGGAAAAAAGAAACAACAUAUUUGCCAUAUUGAAGGUUGUGGAAAAGUGUAUGGGAAAACAUCUCAUCUGCGAGCACAUCUUCGCUGGCAUACUGGUGAAAGACCAUUUAUAUGCAAUUGGAUCUUUUGUGGGAAAAGAUUUACAAGAAGUGAUGAAUUGCAAAGACACAGACGAACACAUACGGGUGAGAAAAGAUUUGAAUGCCCAGAGUGUUCUAAAAGAUUUAUGCGAAGUGACCAUCUCUCCAAACACGUCAAAACCCAUCAAAACAAGAAGGGUGGGGGAACUGCCCUUGCUAUUGUUACUUCAGGUGAAUUGGACUCUUCAGUGACUGAGGUUCUUGGGUCUCCAAGGAUUGUUGCAGUUGCCACCAUCUCUCAAGAUUCAAAUCCAGCAACUCCUAAUGUUUCAACCAACAUAGAGGAAUUCUGAACAUUAUACGAAUGCCUAGAACUGCACUUAAGUUUACAUACCUUUCAAGAUACGGAAGUGGGCUGGUAAAAGUGUAUUACAGAGCAGGAAAUCAUGUAUUUGGUCUUGAUUUCUGUAAGUAUUCCAAGUUGGAGAAUUAGCACAGGAAGUGUACACUGAACAGCAAGACAUUUUUUUUCAAAAGAGAGCCAAUUGGCAUUGAUAAAUUAUGGAUAAAGCAGAUGAGGAAAUAUAUUGCUUCCACACUAUAUACAUUUAUAUAGGUCUAUAUCAUGAUCAUAAAGGAUUUUUAAUUGGGGUUUCUUUUUUAAAUGUUUGUUGCAGCAACAAACAAAGUAAAUUAUGCAACAGAACGGCUGUUGGCUAGGGGUUUUUUUUCUCACACAAAAGUUUAUAGUAUUUUCACUGGAAUAUUUUGUCCAAAAAGGCACAACAACAAAAUCCAAGAAUAGUCUCAUGAAGCUGAGAAUCGUUUGUUUCAAUUUAAUUUGUUAAAUAUCUAUCCUAAAUUUGGCAGACUCUGCUCAUUUUAAAUGAAUAAUUCAGAUGGCAGCAUGUUCAUUGGGUCUGAGGUUUAUCUCAGAUAAUUUUGGCCACUACAUUAUAGUAGUGUGUAUAAUGACAAUCAAUAAACACAGAUUAUUCUCUUUCUAGGAGAGGUAAGAAGUCUGUAGAGCCAGUGUAUACUGUAGCAACUGUUGAAUCUUAGAAAUAUAUUGACAUAAGAUUUUAAUUAAUUUCUAUGUAAAAAUUAAAUAUGGGAAUCUAUAUAACAAGUCCUGAACUCAUUCCAUUUCAAGAUGUAGGUGAUUUAUUGCUAAACCUUGGUUAACUUCAGUUACAAAGUUAGUGAUUGAAAUAUUUAAAUUUUUAUUGCGAUACUUGGAAAUUAUGAGUAGAAUGUUGUACAUAUACAUCACUGUCAAUCUUUUGUCAAUAUCAGAUAUUGCCAUUAAUUCUUUAGACCUUGACAUGACAGCCAAAGAAAAGGGUGAACCAAAAGUUUAACUCUUUAAGUUAAUCUACAUUUUCUCUUUCCUUAAGGAAAACAAUAUUCCGAAUCCAAAGAGCAACUUGGCUUGCCCAAGGCUUUCAGUGUACUAGUAAGAUUUUUAGAACUUAAAAAAUAAAGCUUAUUUGCCAUAUAAUUUCAUAUGAAAUUCUCAGAGGAGGCCUGCUAUGUGGCAUUGAGGGCUCCUACUUGAUAAAUCGAAGUCUCACUGCAAGUCUCAUUGUUUUCGGAUUCUAGCAAAACUUGUCCUCUCUAUCCUUUUAUGCAUACCACCCUAAAAAGGCCAGCAAAACAUAAUUUUAAAUAAUGUUUUCUUGACCCAUAAAUUUUCUUUUUCAGUAAUAUAACUAUUUUAUAUAUACCUUUACCAUAGAGAUAAGAAAUUAAGUUAUCAAUGCUUAUUUCUUGAAUACAGCACAAUAAAAAAUAACAUUAUAUGUCCCAGACCUAGUUUCAGUCAAAGGUAUCUAGUUAGCCAUAACUAGCCCAGAAUACGGAUGAGAUUUUCAUUAAAAGACAACAUUUAUUCAAAUAGGACAAUGGUGAUAAAUUAAAUAGGAAUACUCAUCUACAUCUGCCACACUUGAAAAACAAUUUCUAUAUUCAGUUAUCUCUUGUAGAUAGAUUUGUGUGCAGAUUUGACUACAUAAUAGAAGUAUGGCCAAAUAUAAUCUGGAUUUUUAAUAAUUUCCCAUUGGCAUUAAUAGAACAUUUUAAAAACCACCUCUGUUGUGCUAAAUCUCAUGAUUCCCUGGUUUUUAACAUUCUACACCAAAAUGUUUUAACACUUUGCUUUAAAAGUACAGUGUAAAAGACUUCUUUUUAAAAUGGUCUUUCCUGUUGAGAGAUAUUUGAGCAAAUUUUUUAUACAAGUCCAAAUUUUGUGGCAUUGCACACAUUUUUAAAGAAAAGAUCGAAGUAAUUCAUACUGUGCACACUAGGGAUGCCCCUACGUAGUGUCAUACGAAGCUGAAAAGCAAUUUUAUAACAUCAGCUUAUAUACAUGGGAAAAAAGAAAACAAUUUUACACUGUGGUUUCAAGUUUCUUAAAUGUUUUUCAGACAUUUAAGAAUCUUUAAAGUUUUGUUGUAUAUUAUUCCAUAUAUUUUUAUUUAAAAUAUUUUCAGUUGAUAUUCCUGGCUUUAAAUGCCAGAAUCGGAUUGAGGAUACAUUUAAUACAGGUGGCCAUUAGGUAAUGUUAAUUAACUUUUCUUGCAAAUAAACUGCAACAUAAAAUAUAUAUUUUAUCAUUCUGCCUCAUAAUCAGUGCUGUAAAAUCUGUUAAGCAAGUUUAAAAAAUUCCAUACAGAAUCAUGUUAAGCAUUUUUUGUGAACUUAAGGUAUAAAUACUCUGCACAACUGUUAGAUAUUCUUUUCUGCAUAUUUAAGCAUGCAGACCUGAAAUGGAAGUUUUCAAUCUGCAGAAAAUCCCUAUUACACAUGUAUCAAAAGGUAUCGUAGAAUUUAAUAAAAAAUAAUCCAUGUUAGCAGGUGCACUUACUACUCCUGGAAUUAAACAUUAUGAUAGUCUGUUCUGCAUACCAUUCUGAGUCCACUUUUCAGUCUUAGAAGGAUCGUAAAUUUCAGUGUCCUUUAUUUGACUCAGUGGAAUAUAACUGUUGUGCAUAAUAGGGCACAGAUGUGCAGUAGUAGCUUGUUUAAUGGCAUUUCACUGUUCAUUCCCUUUGCCACCAUUAUGAAUAUAUAUUUUUUUUGCUUUAUUGUACUUAUCAGUGCAGAGUGUAUUUAUCAUGGUAGAACUCCAGUGUUGGAAUAGUUUUAUUUUAUUUUCAAUAUACUUUCUUGGGAUAAGGUUGUGUAUGUGUUCCCUGAUUACAUUAGAAAUCGGUGUUAUGUCAUUAUUUAUCACACUGUUUCAUGAGGAGAAGUAAUAAGUGUGUGUAAUUUAGGAGCAAAGGUUUUUGUUAAAUUUAGGUAAGCAUGACGUUUGGGUCCUAUUUUUCAAUUUUUAUAAUGUUUUAUUGCAACAAUAUUUGUAUUUAAGUCUCCAUUUCUAAUGCCUUGUGGGUUUUUUUAUGCAUGUCACUUAAGUUGUCAUCCUUCAAAAAUUGAUGUGCAACAUAGGGUGUUAAAUCUACAUACUGAUUUUGAAACAGAAAAAUAGUUGGUGGUGAAAUUGUAAAUGUUUUGCAGAAAAAUCUUAUAAAAAGUUUUGUAGUAAUAUUUCACUUGUAAAUUUUUUUGUAAGAAAAGGGGAAAAAGAAAGAAAAAUGCAAGGAACACCCAUUCUAAAAUCUACAAAUUAAUUCUGCCAGCAAAGCCUCCAAGGCUUUAAUUUUUACUAUGCUAAUUUGUAUAAAUUUUGUGUGUUUUUGUGGAUUUGGAACUAAAACUGUGUAGACGUUGUUGCCUGCAAUAAUAUUUUGCAAGUAACCCAUUAAAAUUCUCUUGAGUUUAAAUGUA